GCGACUUUUAAUUUAUCAGGUUUAUUCCCACAACUCCACCACAUGCGUACGUCGUGACGUCAGACGUACAGAGCGCGUUUGCACACCUCCUGAAGUCGCGAAUUUGGAAUCAAGCAGCAAAGAUGUUUCGGCCCAAGCCCACACUGAAAGACAGACAGCACCUUUACCAACUGAUCAUCAGUCAGCUGCUGUAUGACGGCUACACCACCAUCGCCAACAGCCUGAUCAGUGAGGUGAAGCCCCAGAGUGUGGUGUCUCCAUCAGAACAGCUCAUGCAGCUGGCCAAGAUAGGAAUGGAGAACGAUGACAGUGCAGUACAGUACGCCAUUGGCCGCUCAGACACCGUGGCGCCUGGUGUGGGCAUCGACCUGGAGUUUGAUGCAGACGUGCAGACAAUGUCUCCAGAAGCAUCAGAGUACGAAACCUGCUAUGUGACGUCCCAUAAGGGUCCGUGCCGUGUGGCCACCUACAGCCGUGAUGGUCAGCUUAUAGCGACAGGCUCUGCUGAUGCCUCAAUUAAGAUUCUGGAUACUGAGCGCAUGCUGGCCAAAAGCGCCAUGCCGCUGGAGGUGAUGAUGAAUGAAACAGCCCAGCAGAACAUGGAGAACCACCCUGUGAUCAGAACCUUGUACGAUCAUGUGGAUGAGGUCACAUGCCUUGCUUUUCACCCGACCGAACAGAUCCUGGCCUCUGGCUCUCGUGAUUACACCCUCAAACUCUUUGAUUAUUCAAAACCGUCUGCAAAAAGAGCCUUCAAGCACAUACAGGAAGCUGAAAUGUUGCGUUCCAUCUCUUUCCAUCCAUCUGGGGAUUUCUUACUCGUUGGCACACAGCACCCAACCUUGCGUCUUUAUGACGUCAACACUUUCCAGUGUUUUGUGUCCUGCAACCCUCUGGAUCAGCACACAGACACCAUCUGUGGAGUCUGUUACAAUCCCAGCGCUAACAGCUACGUCACCUGCAGCAAAGACGGCAGCAUCAAGUUGUGGGACGGAGUGUCAAACCGGUGCGUGACCACAUUUGAGAAAGCCCACGACGGCGCUGAGGUCUGCUCGGCCGUCUUCUCCAAGAACUCCAAGUAUAUUCUGUCCAGCGGGAAGGAUUCGGUUGCUAAACUCUGGGAAAUUUCCACAGGCCGGACUUUGGUCAAGUACACAGGUGCGGGUCUCAGUGGGCGACAGACACACCGCACUCAGGGUGUUUUCAACCACACGGAGGACUAUGUGCUGCUGCCGGACGAACGAACCAUCAGCUUGUGCUGCUGGGAUUCACGCACAGCUGAGAGGAAGAACCUGCUCUCACUAGGCCACAAUAACAUUGUGCGCUGUAUCGUACACUCGCCCACGAACCCCGGCUUCAUGACCUGCAGCGAUGACUUCAGAGCACGAUUCUGGUAUCGUCGCACCACCACUGACUAAGAGACAUUUGUGUGCUUCCAGUUUUUUUUUUUUUUUUAUCAGCAGGUCCCAAA